AUGUCCCCAACACCGUUAACUGUUAAAUCCGUUGGAACGAAGUUUGAUCAAUUAUCAUCUCUUUUGUCCAUUUUGUUUUUUGUCAAUGAUCUAUUCUUAUCAGGUGAACUACCUAAUGAUCUAAGAUAUUUAGAACCUGAACCAUUAUUAAAAAUUGAAGGAUUGUCAUGGCAAUUUCAAAAAUCUGAUGAAUUGAUGAGCACAUUUAAAGAUGCAUUAUUAAAUCAUUAUGAAAACUUUAUAUCAGAAAGAGGUAAAUCCAGAAUAGCAACAGAACUACUACAACUUGCAAAAGAUUGUGCUGUCAAUCAUUCAGAAUUACAAGAACGAUUGAAAAGUGCAUUAGUUUUUAAUAUUUCUUUUGAGAAUGGCACAGCAUUAGACAUAAAUGAUGAGAAAGAUCCUGAUAUAGCAAUAGGAACUAGGAUGUUAUUUCAACUUUUACCUAAUUGGCAUGGGAAUUGGAAUGAAUUUAAAAAAUCAUACAAAAUUGGAUCAGUUAAAAUAUUAGAAGGAGUUGCCAAGAAUCUUGGUAAAAAACUUGAAGAUUUAGCAAUAUUUAUUACUGUAGAUGGUAUGCAAGCAAUUGAGACAAGAGAUGGUGAUGGAUUAAAUAAAACAUCUUUAUUAUAUUCUUAUUUAAUUACAAUUUCAAAUCUGGUACAAUCACAAUCAGGACUUUUUAUUAUUGAUACAUGUACAGCAACCACUCAUCAUCCAAUUGAACAAUACCUGGCUAGUUCUACCCAAAAACGGGGUUUUCUUCCUACUGUUUCUUUGUCACCUCCAACAUAUUUAAUCAAUAAGAUACCUCAAAAAGUUUUUCCAGAUCAUCCUAUUAUUGAUAUACUAGUUAAUGAUAUGGGUGGACAUGGACAUGCCUUAGAAGUAUUACAAAAUUCACUACAUAACAGAGACAUUGACAAUUAUAAUUUUUUGGAUUUGAUGAAUAAUAUACAUACACAGCUAGAGGAUCGUUACAAUUACUGGUUAACUAAAGCAAAUGAAUUUAAGCCUCUCCUUUGUGUUAUUUUAGCACACCAGAUAAUAGAAUUGGAUCAUCCCAUUCCUGGCACAAAAUUUUUUCCAGAAGAUUAUACCCAUUUGGGUUUAGUUAAAUUUGAGAGAUUGGUAGAUAUUCUCAAGUCUGAAAUAUUUGAUAACAAUGAAUGGAUUACAUUAGAAAAACUUUAUAAUGGUGCAAGACAUUCAUUUGGUGAUACUGGGAUUCACAAUCAACAUUUACAGUUGGAAAUGGCAAAGGCAUGGAUGUCAACAUGA